AUGGUUGGAUUUUUAAAAGUCAAAGGAACAAAGAUUGUCGAUGGGAAUGAUAAACCAGUGGUUUUGACCGGUGCUGCUACCGGGGGGCAUUUAAAUAUGGAAAACUUCAUCACUGGUUAUCCUGGACAUGAAACAGAACAUAAAAGAGUUAUAGAAAAGAAAAUUGGUAAAGAGAAAUUUGAUUAUUUUUUCGAUAAAUUCUACGACUAUUUUUGGACAGAAGAAGAUGCUAAAUUUUAUAAGUCAUUAGGUUUCAAUUGUUUAAGAAUUCCGUUCAAUUAUCGUCAUUUCUUGAACGAUGAAGGCGAUUUGUUCACAAUUGAUCCAAAAGGCUUCGAAAGAUUGGAUAAGUUGGUUGACACAUGUGCAAAGAAUGGUAUUUAUACAAUCUUAGAUUUACAUACUGUUCCUGGAGGUCAAUGCCAACAGUGGUUCAAUGAUAAUCCCACUCACUUUUCUUUCUUCUGGGAUUUCAAGAUCUUUCAAGAUUCAAUAGUCAAUUUAUGGGGUAAGAUAGCAGAAUACUAUAAGGAUAAUGAAUGGGUUGCAGGAUACAAUCCCUUGAAUGAACCAGGUGUAAGUGACCAUUCUAAAUUAGUCACUUUUUAUAACAGAAUUGAAAAAACUAUCAGAUCAGUUGACCCUCAUCAUAUCCUUUAUUUGGAUGGUAAUACUUAUGCUAUGGAUUUCCGUGAAUUCCCCGAAGAACCAUAUCCUAAUUCAGUAUAUGCCAUUCAUGAUUAUUCUAUUUAUGGAUUUCCAAGAGGUUUUGUCUCUUCCGCUGGUGGAUCAGAAAUUUACUCAGGAACAGCAGAACAAAAGGGUAAAUUGAAAGCUCAAUAUGAAAGAAAAAUUCAAUACAUGAAAGACCAUAAUAUUCCUGUUUGGAAUGGAGAAUUUGGCCCUGUUUAUGCUAGUGAAUUUAGAGGUGAUACUGAGCAUGAAAAAAUCAAUCAAGUCAGGUACGAAGUUUUGAAAGAUCAAUUGGAGGUCUAUAAAACAGGAGAUCCCAGUGGAGACAAGACACCAAUUAGUUGGUCCAUUUGGUUAUAUAAAGAUAUUGGCUUACAGGGAUUAACCUAUGUUUCAACUGAAUCCAAAUGGUAUGAAGUAUUUGGCAAAUGGUUGAAGAAAAAGAAAGAUUUGGGAUUAGACGCUUGGGGAUGUGAUAUUAAGCCUGAGUAUCAGAAACUUUAUGACAGAUUAGCCCAACAUUUCAGAGAAAAUAUUCCCGAAAAGCAUCAUGAUGCUUUAUAUCCUCCUAUUAUGAAUAUUGACUCUUACAUUCAAAGAGUUUGUAGGGAAAUGUUAUUUUCUCAAUAUUGUCAACAUGAAUAUGCUGACUUAUUCGUUGGUUUGAGCUUCGAAGAGUUAGAUGAGUUAGCAGCCUCUUUCAAGUUAGAAAACUGUGUCCAAAGACAUGAGUUGAAUGAAAUCUUGAGAAAUUAUUAA